AAUUAAACUAAAACGAUGUUGAAGUAGAAACAAACAAGGGACAAGAGACAUGAGCGACCUCACAUCCAACCUCUUCUUCCUCAUCUUCACCUUCACCAUCCUUUACGUGGCUUACACCUUCCCCAGGCUCCAACCAAAGCAAACCAACCUCGUAUUCUACGUCCACGACCACUUCACCGGCGACCACGCCACCGCCGCCACCGUCGCCGGAAAGAGCGGCCCCGCCUCCAGCAUCCUCCGCUUCGGCACCGUGGCAAUCGUAGAUGACCCCGUAACGGAGGGACCCGGCAUGGAGUCAACGCUCAUUGGUAGGGCCCAGGGCGUGUACGUAAAUUCGCAGCUUGACGGAAAAGCCUUGUAUAUGGUUUUCUCUAUCGUCUUCACCCACGGGGAGUUCAAAGGAAGCACCUUGGAGAUUCAGGGAUCUGAUAUCUUCGCCAUGAAGGAACGGGAAUUCGGAGUUGUGUCUGGCACCGGUUAUUUCAGGUUUGUGAAAGGGUACGGGAUUAUGGAAACGGAGUUCAUGGAUCUACCUAAUCUCAGGGCUACUCUUAAACUCAAUGUAACGGUCAAGCAUUAUUAGAGAAAGAAACUUCUUCUCA